AUGACGUCCGAGCACAAACAAUCAAACAAGUUGUUGUCUUCUUUGAAACGAACAAUAGAUACUGCUGAUCAUGACAACAACAACAACAGCAUUGUACUCAACGAUGAUGAUGACGAUGCCAUCCUAUCAACUCUGACAACAUCCACUACGUCUGGAUCUGUAUCUGGAUCGAGACCUCUAAAGAAGCCUCGUCGUUCUCGUGAGGACAGCAGUAUCACUGGCUCAUCAUUAGCAAGUGGAAGCGGCACAGGCACAAGCAUAGGUUCAAGCAUAACAAGUACAAGUAGAAGUAAUAGCAGCAACAUCAAUAGCAACAACAGUGGAGGUAAGACUGCACUGUCAUCAAUGCUAUUCACUUGGGGUUGUCUGGUCAUGCGUGAUGCCUCACCCAAGGACGAACCAAUCAAGCUGUCACACCAAGACAUCCUCAUCGGAGGACCAAUGACAUCCUUUGCCAUCUUUGAUCACUUGCCACAUAUUGCCAAGAUUAGCAAUAUUGGAGGUGGAACAAUGUUCAUUCUCAAGUCUAGACAUAUAAAGGUCAAUGGAAAGAAUGGCAACAAGGGUGACAUCAUCUCACUCUUCUCAAGAGAUGAGAUCGACAUCAAGGAGAUGAAACUGAAGUUCUACAAUGGCUAUGAUAUGAAUCUCCUGCUGCAGGUUAUACAAGACACAAAGAAUGCAGCAGCAGCAGCAGCAGCAGCAGCAGCAGCGGCAGCGGCGGCAGCAGCAGCAACAUCGACAACAGCGACAGCAACUACAUUAACGAUUGUCGACCCACCAUCACCUGGUGCUCCAGAGUUGUCAUUAGAGAAAGGUCAUGGAAGACGUGUGUCCACCGUUCAUUUGUAUAGAGAUUGGGCCGCGGCCAGGAGAAGUAUGAGGACACCAGACGUGCCAGUCGCACCCGACACUAGCAUCACUGGCGCCUGGGGUAUGCCAAUGCCUGGAGCAGCCACCGCAUCUCAAAAGCAUGCGCCAGCGGCAGCAUUGGGAAAACAAGAUGUCCUUCAGCAACAGAAGAUCACCGAUGUCGUUGCAUCACUGAACAGUCUGGACAAAGAUGCCGUCAAUCAACUCUUCAAGGCAUCACUCGUGCACUGGGACACACUGUCUGAGUCCCUUGACGACUUCCCUUACUAUCUCUCGAGUGAAUCCAAGCAGAUACUCGUCAAUUCAGGUCACUUGUUCUUGAGGAGACCUGAGCUCAACAAGUUCUCACAGACAUUGACCACACUGAAUAGGGGCAUGCUGUUGGAGGGCCCACCUGGCACUGAGAUCAUGCAAGAGACAUUGGUCAAGGCAAUGGCCAAACACUUCCAAGCUUACAUCCAUGUGAUGGAUGCAUCAUCAUUCACAGACUUCAAGAAACAUGUCGUUGCAUUGAUCAAAGACAAGGCACCAGCAUCCAACACAGUGAUUACAACUGCGACAUCGACUACAUCAACAUCAACAACAACACAGACAUCACAUGGUCAAGGACAAGAUACAUCAAUGACAACUGGCGGUCAGGAGAAGGAUCAGAGUGCCAAUGGAUCAAUGACUGAUUGGUCAGCUGGCCUCUAUGGACCAAUCGGUGCAGCACACAGAUCACAGAUGCAAAGGAUUGAUGAGAUUCGAGCCAAGAUCAAACAUCAAUUCCACGACUCUUUAACACCCAUUCCCGAGGUUGAUCCAGACUCUCCUUAUGACGCCUUUUACACGUCCAAGUUACUUGAAUAUAUACAGAGCUUGAGCAACCCUGUGAUCAUACAUAUCAAGGGUCCAGAGACUGGACUGUUGCACAGCCAUGAGCGAUACAGUUAUGCAAGGAAGGAGAUUGCCAAAUUGAUAAAGCCAGAGUCACCGGUGUUGUUGAUCUGUAGCAAUGCAGUGCAGCCAUCAAGCAAGAAGGAUCAGUCUGCCAAGUUCUCAUCAUUCCUUCCCGAAUCGUUAAAGUCCUCCAAGUUGCUGCUGGAUCUGCAGCUUGGCAGCUCGAUGUUUGGUGGGGCAGACUUGAGCCUCGACCCAGAGGAGCGACGACGCGAGGCAAUGUCACAGAUCAGACAGAAGAGCAUCCAGAUGCUCUUCCCCAACAAGGUGGCGAUACAGGUGCCCACGGACAAGAAGUUGUCCGAGCAGUGGAAGGAGCAGAUGGAAAGGGAUGCCAGCCAGUUGAAGUUCGAUGCCAACGCGCACAUCAUCAGGAAGCUCUUGGCCAAGUGUGAUGUGGUCGCCGAGAGUCUGGACUCGCCAAUGUUCAAGAAGCAGGUGUACUCUGCGCAGGCACUCGAGCAGAUCGUUGGCUGGGCUAUCACACAUCAGCUGCAGGCCAAUCCCAACAUCAACCUCGGCACGGACAAACUGGUCCUCUCGCUCAAGUCCAUCGAGCACUGCAUCAACAUGAGCAGGACAUUGGAGAACGUGGGCAAGAGUCCGAGUCUGAAGGAUGUCGAGACCGACGAGUACGAGAAAAAGAUACUCAGCGAGGUUAUCCCGCCAUCUGAUGUCUCCAUUAGGUUUGAGGACAUUGGCGCGUUGACCUCAGUCAAGGAGGUGCUCAAGGAGUUGGUCAUGCUGCCCCUACAGCGUCCCGAGUUGUUCGCACGAGGUAACCUUGCCAAGCCGUGCAAAGGUAUUCUAUUGUUUGGCCCACCUGGCACUGGUAAGACAAUGCUUGCAAAGGCCGUGGCAACAGAGUCCGGAGCAAACUUCAUCAAUAUAUCAAUGUCAACAAUUGGUAGCAAAUGGUUUGGAGAGUGCGAGAAGCAUGUGAAGGCAUUGUUCACAUUGGCUAGCAAGUUAGCGCCAACUGUUAUAUUUAUUGAUGAGGUGGAUGCCAUGCUUGGAAGGAGGAGUCAAGGCCAGGAGCAUGAGGCAAUGAGGAAGAUAAAGAAUGAGUUCAUGGCAUUGUGGGAUGGACUAAAGACCAAGGAUGGCGAACGAGUACUAGUGCUGGCCGCUACCAACCGACCAUUCGACAUUGACGAGGCAGUCCUAAGAAGAAUGUCCAGAAAGCUGAUGGUCGAUCUGCCCGACGAGGAGAACAGAUUCAAGAUAUUGGAGAUCAUAAUGGCCAAGGAGGUGAUGGAUAAGGAUAUAGACUUGAAGGAAAUUGCCAAGAAGACUGAUGGAUACUCUGGCAGUGACUUGAAGAACCUUGCUGUAGCAGCCGCCUACAUUCCAAUCAGAGAGUUGUUAAAGAAUGAGAAGGAACAGGCAUCAUUGGCAAUUGAUGGAGCUAACAAGGAAGAUACAACGAUAACGACUACGACGACAACAACAUCAUCUUCAUCAUCGUCAACCGUACAAUUGAGACCGAUUACGAUGGCGGACUUUGACAAGGCACUCAAAUCUGUUGGACCAAGUGUGAGUGAAAGCUCUCAAACAACGUCUGAGCUCAAGAAAUGGAAUGAGGAGUUUGGUGACGGUGGAUCUAGGAAGGUUGCCACGCUCUCCUAUUAUAUGUAA